UGGCGGUAAUUCAUUUGAAGCAGGAAACCAACCACAGCUUUACCAAAGAGGAAGUUAUCCACCAAUGUUGUCUUCCGCCGCCUUCAUUCACGUGGAGGAAGAUUCGCUCGUGGAGUUGACGAGGACACGAGGAUAAAAAUAAAAAUGACGCAGUUAGACGGAAUAAUAAAACCCAAGACAAAGCGCUCCAAGCGCUUCUUGGACAACAGAGCGCCCAAGCUGGUCGAGGAUGUGAAGUCAGCCAUGAUUAUGAAGGGGGGCAACACCAAUCAAACCAUCGCCCAGGCCCUCAAGGACAUAUACUCCCUGAAGAAGCCCAAUGCUGUGCUGUACAAGAAGAAGAACAUAGCACGGCCAUUUGAAGACUCAACAUCAUUGGAAUUCUUCUCCAAGAAGACUGACUGCUCUCUGUUUGUGUUUGGCUCCCACAACAAGAAACGGCCCAACAACCUCGUAUUUGGUCGACUGUUUGACUUUCACGUGCUGGAUAUGAUCGAAGUUGGAAUUGAGAAGUACGUCUCUCUGAGUGACAUCAAGAACAGUAAAGUUCCCGAGGGGACCAAACCAAUGCUGGUGUUUGCGGGGGAGGCGUUUGAUUCAGACGUUGAAUACAAACGUCUGAAGAGUCUGCUGAUAGACUUCUUCAGAGGUCCCACUGUGUCUGCGGUGCGUCUGGCGGGUUUAGAACAUGUUCUGCACUUCACAGCUGUGGAAGGGAAAAUCUACAUGCGCAGCUACAGGUGUCUGCUGAAGAAGUCUGGGUGCCGCACGCCGCGGAUAGAGCUUGAGGAGAUCGGGCCAUCGUUUGACUUGGUCUUACGGAGAACACAUAUGGCUUCAGAUGACUUGUACAAGUUAGCUCAUAGACAACCCAAAGCCCUAAAGCCCAAGAAGAAGAAGAACAUUUCCCAUGAUUUCUUUGGUACAAAGUUCGGCCGGGUACACAUGCAGAAACAGGAUCUGUCCAAGCUGCAGACUCGUAAGAUGAAGGGCCUGAGGAAGAGGAGGGGACCGGUGGACACGGAAGACAAGGACACACAGGCACCCAAAGUGGUCAAAGUGGACAGCUGAGAGGGCUCCGCCCACCUGUGGAUCACACUGUCUGGUUUACAAGACUGACUACAUGCUGGGGCUUGUGACCAGCCCCCAGGCAAAGUGGAUGCAGAACUAUUAUUCCUAUUGUUUCCCCCCCUGUCCAUGUGACUUUCCGAUACUUAUUUUUCUUGAGCAUCUUUAAUGUUGCUGAGAUCUCUGGUAAAAACAACAUGAGCAUCAGACAUAAAAAAUAAAAAUGUAAUCCCUUGGCAGUUGUUGGGGAAAUCGGCAGAAUUUUCUUCUAUAUGUUGGUUUUUAAAAGUUAAAUUUCACUGGCAGAACUCCCUUUAAAAGGAAAUAAAAACUGUCUCUAAACUGUCUGGUUGUUUAAAGUUUAUCUUAUUAGAAAAUGACUUAUGAUUUUUCUUAUGUUUUUACCAUAAUGCCAGACUUUAAUUGCCCUCCAUUCUGUUUUUCCCAAAUCGUGUGAAACUUAGUCCCAAAAAGUCUUUCUCUAGCAAAAUUUUAAUUAAUCAAUUAUUCAAA